AUGGCUCGCAGUCUCCAGUCUAUUAACAAGUGGGACAGUUCAGCCGGCGAUUUCAAUGCGGUUCACCCUCAAGCGGGCGCCAGUUCAUCAGCCUCAGCAACAAGUUCCAAUUCGAGGACGCCAGCACCCCCUGUUGCUUCCGGUGAUUUGACGUCUAAGUAUGGGUUUUAUCUCUACCGCGUCAAGGGCCUGAAGUACGAUGAUCUGCCUACAAUUACCCUGUCUGAAAUACUCGAUGAAAAGAACGGAGACCUGGUCGAAUCAGCCCAGUUUAACUACAUGUUUGAUCUGGAUUGGCUUCUGCAGCAGUACCCGCCCAAAUUCAGGUAA